AUGGAGUGGAUCAUGAUCAACGUGAGGAUCGGAAAAGAGACUUUUUAUGAUGUUUACCGGAGAAAACAGUCGGAACGUGCAUACGAGAAGAGGAUUGCAGAGGGUUUAGUAGCGCCUCCGGCCAAGCUGAUCGAGACGGACACAGAAUCGCCCGGAGAGACAAAAUCACUAUUAAAAUCAUCCAUACCCCCAGAAGAUGGACAAGAACGAUCUGGUACAGAAGGCUAA